GAAGCCUGUUCCUCAGCACAGUCCAGGACCUCUCCAGCCCCAUGGAGCCCCCGAUCCCACAGAGCGUCCCCUUGACUCCCAGCUCAGUCAUGGUCCAGCCCCUACUUGACAGCCGCAUGCCCCACGGCCGCCUCCAACACCCACUCACCAUCCUCCCCAUCGACCAGAUGAAGAUCAGUCACGUGGAGAAUGACUACAUAGACAACCCCGGCCUGGUGCCCCCCAUUGGCCCGAAGCGGACCCGGGGUGGGGCCCCGGAGCUGGCCCCGACGCCGGCCCGCUGUGACCAGGACGUCACCCACCACUGGAUCUCCUUCAGCGGGCGCCCCAGCUCUGUGAGCAGCAGCAGCAGCACGUCCUCUGACCAGCGUCUCUUAGACCACAUGGCACCACCGCCCGUGGCCGACCAGGCCUCCCCCAGGGCUGUGCGCAUCCAGCCCAAGGCCAUCCACUGCAAGCCACUGGACCUCAAGGGCCCAGCAGUCCCACCGGAGCUAGACAAGCACUUCUUGCUGUGCGAGGCCUGUGGGAAGUGUAAGUGCAAGGAGUGUGCAUCACCCCGGACACUGCCCUCCUGCUGGGUCUGCAACCAGGAGUGCCUGUGCUCAGCCCAGACCCUGGUCAACUACGGCACCUGCAUGUGCCUGGUGCAAGGCAUCUUCUACCACUGUACCAACGAGGAUGACGAGGGCUCCUGCGCUGACCACCCCUGCUCCUGCUCCCGCUCAAACUGCUGCGCCCGCUGGUCCUUCAUGGGCGCCCUCUCCCUGGUGCUGCCGUGCCUACUCUGCUACCUGCCCGCCACCGGCUGCGUGAAGCUGGCCCAGCGCGGCUACGACCGCCUGCGCCGCCCUGGUUGUCGCUGCAAGCACACGAACAGCGUCAUCUGCAAGGCAGCCGCCGGCGACGCCAAGGCCAGCAGACCGGACAAGUCUUUCUGA